AUGGCCAUCACCACUGACCUGCUAGGGGCCAGCACUAUACCCGGCAGCUCCGCCACCGGUCAAAAAUCCAUUCACACCCUUCAAAGCAUCCCCUCCUCCACGCUACUAGCGCCCACACCAGCAUUACGCCGACUGCUGACCAUUCUGCCCAAAGCCUCCAUCUGCUCUCUCGUUUCGCGCUGGUUAUCAUCUCUAUCAUCUUCCGGUCGAUCAACCGAUCGAGACAUCACACCUCCCUCUUUCAGUCGUCGCAAUGCAGGCGCUUCGACUGGGACCUCCACGUCAACCUACUUGGACCUGCACGAGUCUAGAAGGGCCAGGAAUGUCGAGGAACUCAGAGCUUUGUGGAAGGGACCCAUGUUGGAUGGCAGAGUGCCCAAGAGCAGAGCGGUGGAUAGGAUUAUGGAGACUGAUUGGCCAGAGGGAAUCAGCUACGCUAUGGUCUCGAUGAUUUCUGCUGAAGCGCUUCAAGUCAGUCCCACUAGUCGCACCUGGACAGCUGCAAGAGCUUUCUUUGACGACGGAGAUGCGACACCUUCAGCAUUGCGUGGCAUCUCACCUCAAGCGAUGCAGGCGCGUCUGACCUCGGAGCUGCGCAAUUACUUUACACACCACCUCUAUCUUCUACAAACACCCGUCACCUCAAUCACCUCGUCCUUCAUCCACCUACACCUCACCCUCCCACCACACGCUCCAGACAUAUGCGGAGGUACGCACAUCCUGUACGUGCCUGGAACGCGCUGGGUGCUUCUGAGCGGAUCGCUGGGCCGUGCAGGCGGCGGAAAUUCCCGCAGCAUCCUGCAUGCCGCCUUGGCUCAAGCUCUAGGGGCUCUAGAAGUAAGGGGUCCCAAAAGUGCCGUCGCUGGUCGGUCGAGCACGAAAGGUGGCAGAGAUGAAGAGGAUUCAGAAGGAAAGGUAGACAAGACGUUACCCGAACUCAAAGGAAAGGAUCCCAGAGCGCUCUUGGAUGUGCUUCUAGCUGGUGAGGCUGAGGCUGCUGGAGUUCCUGCAACCAAAAGCGAUGCUGGAUUUGGGAAUGCAAGUGCGAGACCCGGAGCUGAGGGAGGCGCAGGAAGAGCUAUGAGACACGGGCACGCCGAAGAUGAACCGCUUCUAGGGGCCAAUAAGCGCAAACGUCUGCUGGACGCUUCAUCAGCCGACGCGCAACUUCAAGAGUCGAGUGCAGCCGACUUCGAUGCUACCGGUACGGCGGAGCAUCCAGCAGUACGCGCCGCUCGCCUCUCACUGCAGCGCAAAGUGGAGACCCAUCGACAAAAGGAGAUCAGAGAAUUGUUUGGCGAAAGGAUGGGAAAGGGAAACAAGGAUAUACCUAGCAUCGAAAGGAUAGACUACGAGCUGCAUUUACCUACGCCCGCGGAGGGUCCUUAUCGGCCCGUCUCGCUCGCCGGACCUGGUGCAGAGCCCAUACGACUCAGGAUACAGGGCACUCACAUUCUCGCGGGGAUGAGAGCAUUGGUACAGAGCGGCGCGGACGACAAGAGCGCCAACGCAAAAGAUGGAAAGAGGUCGGAAGAAGAGGCCGGAGCGGCGCGACGUGAUCGCAAAGGAUUGCCCACUUGGUUGACGGAUGUCAGAGGUACUCGUGUUGUCGUCAGACCCGUCAAGAAAGCUGCGGAAGGGGACGAAUCUUUGGAAGCACGAUGA